CAAUCAGGGAACAUCAUCAGUGACAUCACCGCGCAGCUUUCUUCUGAGUGGCUGGAGGAUGAGGAUGAUGAUGAUGAUGAUGAAGAUGAUGAAGAUGAGGACUGGGACUGGACCUCUCCUGCAGAUUGGACCAAAAGAGUGAACCGGAACGGCAGCGGCUGCCAGGCCAACCGACAGAACCAGGCGAUGAUGUCAUCCACGCCGGCAGAUAAGGUUCUGAGGAAAUAUGAGCAGAAGAUCAACCUAGACAGGCUGAGCUAUGCUGACAGUGUGACCAACAAGGUGACGGCCAUGCAGAGGCAGAGGGAGGCUGGAAAGUACAGGGUGAAGGACAAAUCAGACCGAGCCACAGUGGAACAGGUCCUGGAUCCACGGACCCGGAUGAUUCUGUUCAAGAUGCUGAGUCGAGGAAUCAUCAGUGAGAUCAAUGGCUGCAUCAGCACAGGGAAGGAGGCCAACGUUUAUCACGCCAGCACGGCGGCAGGAGACAGCAGAGCUAUCAAGAUCUACAAGACGUCCAUCCUGCUCUUCAAGGACCGGGACAAGUAUGUGAGCGGAGAGUUCAGGUUCCGCCAUGGUUACUGCAAAGGAAACCCCAGGAAGAUGGUGAGGACCUGGGCGGAGAAGGAGAUGAGGAACCUGAUCAGGCUGCAGACGGCAGGGAUUCCGAGUCCAGAACCGGUGCUGCUCAGGAGUCACGUUCUGUUGAUGGGCUUCAUUGGAAAGGACAACAUGCCAGCUCCGCUGCUGAAGAACGCGGUGCUGUCAGAGUCCAAGGCCCGGGAACUGUAUGUUCAGGUGGUCCAGAACAUGAGGAAGAUGUUCCAGGAGGCCCGACUGGUGCACGCCGACCUCAGCGAGUUCAACAUGUUGUACCACGGCGGGGACGCCUACUUCAUAGACGUGUCGCAGUCGGUGGAACACGACCACCCUCAUGCUCUGGAGUUCCUCAGGAAGGACUGCAGCAACGUAAACGAUUUCUUCGUGAAGCACGGAGUGGCGGUCAUGACGGUCCGGGAGCUGUUUGACUUUGUCACCGACCCGUCCAUUACCAGCAGGAACAUGGAGCAGUACCUGGACAAGGCCAUGGUGAUCGCAGCCGAGCGGACGGCGGAGCAGAGAUCGGAUCAGGACCGCGUGGACGAGGAGGUGUUCAAGAAGGCCUACAUCCCUCGCACGCUGACCGAGGUGAGCCACUACGAGCGCGACGUGGACCUGAUGAGGUCCAAGGAGGAGGAGUCAGCCAUCAGCGGUCACCAUGACAACGUUCUGUACCAGACGCUAACGGGUCUGAAGAAGGACCUCUCUGGAGUCCAGACGGUUCCCGCACUGCUGGAGGAGGACUGCUCUUCAUCAGAGGAGGAGGAGGAUGACGAGGAGGAGGAGGAUGAGGAGGAGGAAGAUAAAGAGGGAGGCCAAAUGGACAAGAAGGAGAGGAAGAGGAUGGUGAAGGAAGCUCAGAGGGAGAAGAGGAAGAGUAAAGUCCCCAAACACGUGAAGAAGAGGAAGGAGAGGGUGGCCAAGAUGAAGAAGGGACGGUGACCUGAUGAAGAACGCCGCCACAGCCUUCUGGUUCUGAUCCAGAACAACUUCUGUUCUUAAAGUUCUGCUCAAUAAACGGACCCAAUCCCC